UAGGAAAGUCCUCGCCUCCCGCUUCGUGAAGAUCCAAAACGUCCGCCAUGAUGUCUGUGUGUAAGCCACUGACCUACGUAACAAGAGUACGCAAAAGAACACUCAGCGUGGCGGAUGUUGCCUGUUUCUGUAAAACUCACGCUCACACUCGCCAGCGUGGACUUUGGGUCUUUGUGACAACUAUCAAGCCUCAAGGUUCAGCCAACACAAUGAUUGUGACAGUGAUUUAGUUCUGAUUAGCCAUGAUGCACUCAUCAUCUAGCGUUAUAAAAGCCUCUGGAUCCUGGAGGAACGGCACCACUAGGUCCAACAACCAGGAGCUGAGCUUUCUUUAGGUCGGCGUUUCUCAUCUGCAGCCAUGAAAUUCUCCCUCGUCGCCGCUCUCGUGGUCGUGCUGGCUGUGGCCCGUGGCGCUGAGGCCGCGGCGCUGGUGAAGCGCGACGCCCAGUUCGACAUGGAUAAGUUCAUCAGUGAAAUGUCUGCCAGCUUCACCAGUGCCACCGAGGAGAUAGUGGAGAAGAUGAAGAGCUUUGACAUGAGCAACGCUGCUCAGACCUACGUGGAGGACGGAAAGGCCCAGAUCCAGCCUCUGGUUGAAAAGGUCCAGGCCGAGGCUGCUAAGCUGCAGCAGCAGGUCAAGCCCUUCGUCACCAACAUUGAGGGUCAGGUCAAGCCACUGACCGAUGUGAUGGAGAAGUUUCUCCAGCAGGCGAUGGCUCAGGCCAAGUCCCUGCUCCCCCCUCAGUAAAGGCCUCACGUGCUGCUUCUGAAGCCACGGCUUCAGUCUGUCAUUCUUUAGAGCCCAUGGUCCGAAAUGUGCUGCUUGAACGUCACCAGUAAAGAGCUUGUUAUAAUGA